AUGAAGGUCAUCAUCAUUGGUGCUGGUCUGGGCGGCCUCACUGCUGCUUCCGCCCUUGCAAAGAGUGGCCAUCAAGUCCAAGUCCUUGAGCGGAGCCCCAAACUAAAUCCCACGGGAGGAGGCAUCAGCAUCAGGCCAAGCGCAAGCAAGGUCAUACAGAGCUGGGGAUUCCAGCCGGUCCUAGAGCAAAUCUGCGACAGAUCGCCAUCCGUCACCUACCGCGAGCUAAACAGCGGAGAGAUCCGGACCACCGUCGUUGAUGCCCCCGAGCAUGCCGACUGGGGCUCGACGAGAAGGGCCUUUGUCAAGCUGCUCCAACACCAAGCAGCUCAGGCCGGAGCACAGAUUCGAUUUGGUGCAAACGUGGUGACAGUUUCUGAUGAUGAGACAAAGGCUACUGUGACACUGGAGAGCGGGGAGGAGCUUGUGUGUGAUAUUCUCAUAGCGGCAGACGGUAUCAAGUCGCACGCUCGCCGCGCCGUGCUAUCAGACCUGGGGCCUCCCGAGAAAUGGGACCCGAUUAUCGACCAGACCACCUUUUACAGCUUCGACAUGGCGGCCAGCGAGCUGACCAUUGACCCGAGGUCGAUGAAGCUGACGGAAAACUCAAACAUCACCACCUGGAAGGGCGAGGGCGGCUUUGUCGUGACGCGAUACAGCUCCAAGUUUGGCAGGCUCGGCCUCCUCUUUGCCAUCCAGGGAGAGACGGACCAGAAGAGCCUCUGGGACGAAAAGGGCGACAUCGACUUCGUGCGCCGGUUCUUCAAGGACGCGUGCAGCGACAUGAUCAAGGCUCUGGGAAUAGCAAAGUCUUGCGACCGCUGGCGAGUUGCUGAAGUGCCCGACCUGCCACGCUGGUCGAGCAAGGCCGGCAGGAUUGUGCUGUUGGGCGACGCAGCUCACGCGAUGCACCCCAACGCCGCGCAAGGGUAUUCGACCAUUAUCGAGGACAUUGGCGUGCUGCAGCUGCUCUUGUCCGCCGGCUCUACGGCCUCUGUGCCGCAGGUUGUGAAUGCCUGGCAGGCGAUUUGCAAGCCUAGGGCGGAGCGGGUGAAGGCGUUUUCGCAAUGGAACACGAAGCACUUGUCGGGGAAGACGGAGCAUGCCAUUGGCGUCUCCCACGCGGACAGUGUGCUGGAGAAGAUUGUGCCGGAUAAGAACGCUGACUUUAGCAGUCUGGAGUUUUGGAAGUGGAAUGCGGAUUAUGAUGCCAUUGGCGAGCGUCAAAAGCCGUCUGUGGCGCACGCACCGGCCAAUCCUUUGCGUCUCUUCGCCCGAGUUUUUAUCGCGACUCGACUUGAUCCUCGUCACGAUCAAGACCUCACGCGCCUUACAAUGUGCGGCAUCCACGCCGCCAUAUCAGCGGAUGCAGGUCGUCACCAGUUGGCCCCAGGCCUCGAGCGAAGGCUUCGGAACCGCGGCCCGGACCAUCUUGGAGCCGUAGAGGUGCAGCUCUGUCCAGGCGAGAGCUCGCUUCACCUGACUCUGGCCUCGACGGUUCUGUCGUUGCGCGGAGACCAUCUUGCAAAGCAGCCCCUAGAGGACGCGGAAUCCGGAUCUGUGCUUUGCUGGAACGGCGAAGCCUGGAAACUUGGCGGAAAACCGGUCGAGGGCAACGAUGGCGAGGCUGUCCUAACCCUUCUGACGGCCGCGAGUCGUAACGGCGGUCGAGAGGAUAGUGUCCUCGACGCCCUGCGAUCCAUCGAGGGACCAUUUGCCUUCAUCUUCCUGGAUAAGACAGCAAAGAAGCUGUACUACGGGCGUGAUCGUCUUGGACGUCGCUCACUGCUGCUGAAAAGGGGAGACGAGUUUCUGCUCUCCAGCAUAGCUGAAGCCCCUGCCGUGGGAUGGGCCGAGGUCGAAGCAGAUGGUUGUUAUACUAUCCAGCUGGACGGGGAAAACUCUCCAGCGGAGCUGAUGCCUGUUCGCCAUGAUUGGGACCAGAACAAAGACUUGGUAUCAAGUAUCGGCAUUUUCAACGCCUCUAUUCCUACUACCCCGACGACUCCCUUAACCAGUCAGUCUCUCUCAGUAAAGCAGCUGCGGGACCAUCUGACGGAGUCACUCCAACUCAGAGUUCUAAACGUCCCGAGACCUCCAAUGGCGGAAACGUCAGACGCCCGAGUUGGCGUGUUAUUCUCAGGAGGGCUGGACUGCACCGUCCUGGCCCGACUUUCCAGUGACAUGAUUCCGCCAGGACAAGCUAUUGACCUAAUCAACGUGGCAUUUGAGAAUCCUAGGAUUGCUUCGCAAAACAAAAACCUGUCCACCGCUGAGUUAUACGAGCUCUGCCCUGACAGGGUGACUGGGAGAAAGUCAUUUGCGGAGCUACUAACUGUCUGCCCAGACAGACAGUGGCGAUUCGUUACUGUAAAUGUUCCGCAUGAAGAAACAAGCGCUCAUCGAGCAGAGCUGAUAGACCUCAUAUACCCCCAUAACACUGAAAUGGAUCUCUCGAUUGCUUGUGCACUGUACUUUGCUUCAAGAGGACAGGGAAUGGGGCAGCUGGGCCCGGAGUUAGACGCGGCUGAACCAUAUAGUACGACAGCCAGGGUAUUGCUAUCGGGGCUUGGUGCGGACGAGUUAUUUGGCGGAUAUGUCCGGCACGCCACCGCUUUUACACGAGGAGGAUAUCCGGGUCUCAUAGACGAACUGAAGCUGGACGUUGGCCGGCUAGGCAAGAGAAACUUGGGGCGAGACGACAGGGUUCUGGCUCAUUGGAGCAGAGAGGUGAGGCUUCCAUACCUUGACGAGAGUCUUGUCAAGUGGGCGAUUGAGCUGCCUGCGUGGGAGAAGUGUGACUUUGACAACCCGGGAACCGGGUUUCAUCUGGAAUCCGAGAAGAGGGUCCUUCGUCUCCUUGCUGACAGCCUGGGUAUGCGCUCUGUGGCAGCAGAGAAGAAACGAGCGAUACAAUUUGGAGCGCGAACUGCCAAGAUGGAAAGCGGCAAGGUCAAGGGUACCACUCUGCUUCUUCCUUGA